AUGCGUGCCUCCAGCUUCAUCCUCGCGGUAUUCGCUGCCGUUGCUACCGCGCAAGAUCUCGCAACAGUUCUCUCAGGUCGAGAAGAUCUGACCACGCUGGUGCAGCUGUUGCAAGAGGUUGGCGUCGUACCAACAACUGAGUUCAUCUCCAAACAGAAGGAUGUUACUCUCUUCGCGCCCAGUGAUGCUGCUUUCGCGGAGAUUGUCCAGUCCGGCGGCAUCUUCUCGAUCCAGCAGGCGUCCACCGACGCGGGAUUGAUCGAACAAAUCCUAAGAUACCAUCUGUACAAGGGUGUGAUCAUGUCAUCCGACAUUAUGGAGAUCCCUCAAUACCCAUCUUCGUAUCUCGACUACUCGGCGAUCGUCUUGGACGGCGAAGUAUCCGGCAGCAACGUAACAGGCGGCGAGGUGGCGGGAGUCAGCCUUGACACAGAGGGAAAUGCGAUCGUUACGACUGGCCUUAAGGUCCCGAGCACUGUGGUUGUUGCUGACAUUCCAUUCGACAACGGUGUCAUCCACGUCAUCGACAAGCUCUUGCUCUUCCCUUUGAGCAUCUCGGAAACUUUGAUUACAGGCAACUUCACGGCCCUGGCGGGUGCAGCCACUCAGACCGAUCUCGUUACUCCAUUGGAGGAGCUGUCAGACGUCACCAUCUUCUGCCCGAACAACGACGCCUUCCAGCGAAUCGCCGGUGGUACUGACGGCAUCACCAAGGAGGCAUUGGCUGAGAUCUUGCAAUACCACGUCGUGCAAGGUACAGUCGGCUACUCGACCGUCCUCAGCAACACCACCCUCCCAACCCUCGCCGGGAAAGGCCUCGAAAUCACCAUCACCGACGACGGCGCCGUCUUCGUUAACAACGCUCGCGUCAUCAACGCCGACGUCCUCAUCGCGAACGGUGUGCUCCAUGUCAUCAACGAGGUCCUCAGCCCGCAGGAGGAAGGGUACUCUCCGGCUUCCCAGACCGUCAGCGUCAGCCCAGCGCCGGUUGUUCCCUUCACUUCUGGCAUUACUCCGGAAACUUCGGUCUACAGCGAACUGACCCAAACCACGAGCUUCGUGGCCGCUGGGCUGGUCACGGCGGCGCCGAAUGCGACGAUGGCGACAGUGUCUUCGGGCAGCGCUACGCCGUCCUCACCUCUGGCGGCAAGCAGUGGGGUGGUGCCGGCGACUGGCGCUGGCAUGCGGAACGAGCUGCCCGCUGUUGUGGCGGCCUUGGUUGGUGCGUUAGCAUUUGCGGUUAACAUGUAA